AUGAGUUCUGAUGACGGUGGCUUCGAGAGUGCGAAGAACAGCGACAAUGAAAACAUUGACCAAGAAUUGCUAGAACAAACAAUUGCUAACUUGUUUUUGAAUAAUCAGAAUGAACCAAUCCAGUUCUUUAUCCCUGCUAACGAAGAUGAUAGAGAGAAUUUAGUCAAUUUAAUCACAACUCAUGGUGGUAAAGUCUCUGAUGAUGCAAGUAUUGGUUACUACAUCUCUAAAAACCAUGAUCCUUUACGUGAUAGUGUGGAACCAAAAUUCAUUUAUGAUUCCGUUGAACAAAAAUCUUUAUUAAAAAUUGAAUCUUAUAAAACUUUCCCAAAUACUGGUAAUGAAAAUGAAAACGUUCAACAUUUAGUUUCAUUUCUUGAUAAUGGAGAUGGUGCUAAUACUACAACCAAUACUACUGAACAAGAUUCAACUACUGGGAAUACUAGCUUACAAUUAGCAACCACUAAUCAAGAAGUUCAACCUGCAAUUUCAAGAUCAAUUGUCAAUAAAAAUGGAUUCACCCCACAAGAAGAUGCAAUGAUCAUUGAUGAAGUUAGAAGAAACCCAAACCGUCGUUCCACUCAUAAAUUAUUUGAUGAAAUUGCCCUCAAAAUUGGAAGACAUACCGGUAAUUCAAUCCGUUAUCGUUUUAGAACACAUUUACAAGCCUCACUGGAUUGGGUUUAUCUUACUGAUGAAGCUGGUAAUUUAAUCUUGGAUCAAGAUGGUAGACCAAAAGUUGCAGAAGGGUUACCAUCUACGGUGAAGAGAAAAUUCGAUGCUAAAGAUGAUUAUGAUUUAGCUGUUGCCGUUAGAGAAAACUUAUUGGAAAAACAUGGUGAUAGAUAUGAAAGAGAUUCAAAAGAUGUUGUUUUACCGGGCAAAUUUUUCGAAACUUUGGCUCAAAAUUUCCCUCAUCAUACUAAAUCUGCUUGGAGAGAUAGAUAUAGAAAAUUUGUUAUUCCUUAUGGUAUUGAUAAAUAUAUUGAAUAUUAUCAAGAAGAGGAAACAAAUGGAAGAAUCCCUGAAGAGAUUAAAAACUUCACAGGUAAGAAUCUUUAUAAAUCAAGUAAAAGAUAUAGAACCGGUUCAAUUGAUGAUCAAGUUGGUGAAACUUUAACUGAACACAAUGAUCAAUAUGACCAACAAAGAAGAAGAGCCAAUGCCAAGAAGAGAAAACAACAACAACAAGAUGCUAAUAAUUUAUUCGCUGCUGCUGAUAAUGAUGAAAUAUCAGGCUUGGGUCAUUCAGGUAACUUUUUCGAUAAUCAUGCUGCUGCAGCGGUCGCUGCUGCUAAUAGAAUCAAUUCACCACCAAGUCCUGAAGAUUUCUUAACUGAUGAUUUAGUCACUGCUAAAUUCUUUGAAUUCCAACCAUUAAUCAGUGUUGUUGAUAAGAUCACUGAAAUUGUUAAUCGUUCUUAUCAAAGUAGUGAUGCUGAACAAUUAAUCACAGCUUUAUAUGCAGAAGCCGGUAUACAGAAGAAAUUUGGUACUUUUAUAAUCACAAGUGUUUGUGGUGAUUUGAUUUUAAUUCCAAAAUUUGUGGAAAUUUUUUUGAAAACUGGUGAAAAUCCUCCUCAAAAUAUUCAUGGUAUUUGGACUCCAAGGGAUGAUCAAUAUUUGAAAUCGGAAAUCCCUGAAAGAUUGGAUUAUUUGAAGAGAUUACACGGGGCAAAGAGAAUUGAAUUAAGAAAAACUUUUAUUACAAAUGAUAUUGUUUGA